AGUUAACAGUAUUUUUUAGCAAGCACAAUACAGUCACACUACACAACCUUGAAGCAAACAAAUUGCGAUUCGAGCAAAAAUAAACAAAUUAAUUGGUAAAUUAACGCGAAAAGAGCACCGAUCACCUGCGCAGUUGCGGCAUUUCAUGAGCGCUAACCUGAAGAACCUAAAGAUGGGCCACUUUGGCGGCGGCGGUGGCGGUGGCGGCGCCACCACUAGUACGGGGGGUACUGCUAACUUUGGUAUUUCGGUUGCGUCGGGAGGAGCUGGAAAACUGCCCACAAACGGAUCGGCCGGCGGGAAAUCGGCACCUGCUAGUGUCGCCACGGAUGUGGAUGUAUUUGCCACGCCAGGCGGUGUCGUUAUACCCAUUAUACGCACCAAAGAUGUGCCCAAAUUGCUGCCCACAAUAUCGUCCGCCUUGCAGCGGCCAGCAGAUGGUCAUUUGGCCGCCGAAGAUCUCGACGCAGUGCAGCUGGAACUAGAGCAGAUGCUCUCCAAUGUGGCACUGCGGGCGAGGGUCCUCAAAGCGGAGUACGAUAGCCUGGACAAGGACGAGAAGCGUCAGGAUCGGAGAAAACUUGACCGAAUACCCGGUUCCCCGCCCUGCAAUAACAAUAUGCUUAAUGGCCUGCUAGGUAUAGGUGGUAAUUCGUCCUCGGGGGUGGGUAGCCCCUCGGGGGCCAACUCGUCGGGCAAUGCGAAGCGAAAAAGGGACGAACCAACAGGUGUAAGGAAAAAGCACUCUUCGAUGACGAUCCUCAAGCAGCAGGGCGGUGUUUCCAGCUCCUCCUCGACCAAACACCAGGCCAAGAACAGUCCCAUUGCCGUGCACACGGACGACAGCAUGGACUACCUCCCGACUAUUGCUGGCGGAGCCGCCGCCGCCUCCAAUUCAUCGGCUCUGCCGCACCACCAGCCGUCCCAACCCCAACUGCCAAAAAUGUCAGUGCCCAAGAACGAUACGCCGAACAAGUUCUGGCUCUCCGUGGAGCCCUACUGUAUGCCACUGACGCACGAGGAUCUGCGCCUAAUCGACGACCUGCUGGAGCAGUACAAGGGCCCACUGGUGCCGCCGGUGCCCACUCUCGGGCCGCACUACUCCACAGUGUGGGCGCUGGAGGACAUAAAGAGCCUGCAGCCGGGCGGUGCUCGCAUCAAGUCGAACAACGUCAGCGGAAUGCUGAAGAAGGCCGAAGGGAUGGCGGAGGAGAGCAUCACGGGGCCGCUGACCCAGAGACUGGUCUCGGCGCUGAUGGAGGAGUCCCUGAUGACGCUGCCCAGCGAGCAGGCGGCCGUGGGCGAGCACAGCAACAGCACCACCAGCAGCAGCAACGAGAACACCCACUCAUCCUCAUCGAACGCCCAAGCUGCAGCCGCAUCCGGCAACUUCCGAUCGCUGGCCAUGCUGAAGCAUGGCGUUGGUAUCGAGCAGCGCCUGAAGAAGGAACUGCUGGAGACUGGACUGAUCGAUCCCAUUGAGUUGGCUGCCCACGACGAUGUGGACGAAGUGCUGUUGGAGAUUAAGCGAGUCACCGCGGAGAUCAGCAGCGUUUCCCAGUUCAAUAGCGAGGAGCUGAAGAGAUUGCGCGCCGCCGCUAGCGAGGAAAUUAAACGAAUCGAAAUCAAACGAAAACUGGACACCGUGGAUCAGGAGAUCCUCGAAUGCUACAAACGAAUGCUGCAAUAUCGGGCCAAGCGCAAGGGUCAUACGAUCGAGGAGAAGCAGGAGAUCCUGCGCCUCACCAACGAACAACGCCUGCUGGCCGAUCAGCUCGAGCGGAUGAACAUGCACCUGUCGACCGCCACCGGUGGUGGUAGCAAUGGCGGCGCCAGCUCCUCCGCAGCCGGCAUUCUUGAGUCAAAAAUGUAGGACAGGAGCCUGGCCUGGGGCUGGUGCCAGCUGUUGGCCAUGCAUCGGGCAAGGAGCCAGGAUCGGGACGGAGCACUGCAUCUGCAGUGUGUCUGAACGAUCCUCGGCGAUCAUCCCACUCCCUUAUCUCCAUUUCUCCUGCAUCCUGUGUAGACAGACUGUACAUUUUUAGGGAAAUUAUUACGGAUUUCCCAAAGAGCGGAAAGUAGUCAUCGGAUAUUUUCGAAAAGCCUAUAGCUGUGUACUUUAUAUAUUUUUUUUUGAAAGAUUUCUUUCACUGUUGUUUGUCUUAACUUUUGUUUUUACAAAAAAGGUUUUUAUUUUCGAGUAAUUUUAAGUGAAAAGUAUAGGGUUUCUCUCCUGAAACCUUAAUUAUUUUAUUAUGAAGUGUAUACUUAAGUUGAAAGUUUAGUUCUCUCAUUUUUUAUCAUGUUUUUAAUUACUUUUACAUAAUUUUUGUAUAAUUUUUCCAUCAUUUCGUAUGUUAAGCUAAACAAAAAUGUAAAUUUCCCAUAAGAGUAGUUAAGCAUAAAGUCGUACUUUGAUUUGUUCCGAUAUCUAAACCGAAAACUGAAUGUAUAUUUAUCACAGAGCGUAAUUAAGAAUGAAACCUUCCUGUAAAAAUUAAACUUAAGCCAAAAACCUAACUGCCUGUAGAUUACUUUCCGCACCCACUACUCUAGUUCAUAUUUUUCCCAAUCACAUUUCUCUUUUUAUUUUUACAAACCAAGCAACUUUAUCCAAUUAAACACACAAAUACCGAGCACUUUGUAUAGCUUAAGUUUAUCGCGCGGUUGUCGCAAUAAAAUAAAAAGUAAUCCGCCGGAUAAGGAGUUGAAUA